UGAAAUGAGAACGUCCCUCUUCAGCAUAUGUAUAUAAAUCAAGCAGGUUUAGUACCUUCUACCAUACUCUACCAUACAAGAAGGCUCGCUGCAGACAGAGAUUACUUGAGAGGACAGAAAACAACUAACCAGUCACAUCAAAGGCCAUUGAAACCAGUUGUCAGAGAUCUAGUCAUGACGUUCCAGAAGGCUUUCCUUUUCCUGGUGUUGCUGUGUGCUACAGUGAUGGCCAACGUCGACCAACAACAUAAACAAUUCCUAAAACAACACGUCAAUGGGCAAAUGACAAUCCAGGCGUGUGAGAAUCAGAUGAAAUUAUUGAAUUUGAACCGGCCUGAUGGAAAAUGCAAAGUGAAGAACACCUUCAUUUUGGCCAAUCCAGAGAAUGUCAUACAAAUCUGCACUGGUGGUGGCACACCGCAGGGAAACAAUCUGGUUAAAAGCAACAAUGCCUUCGUUAUAGUCAUAUGUACACGUACAGGUGUGGAUUCCCAUCCCAAUUGUACAUACAAGGGAUCUUCGGCCACUAAGAAUGUUAUCAUUGCAUGUGAAAAAAAAUUGCCAGUGCACUAUGAUGGUGAUGUUGAUAUUGGCACUACGGAUGGAAAGUGAAUACACAUGAAAGGUGUGUCACCGCUAAAUAUAAGCACAACUGGAGACUUGUUAUUGACAAGGCAGCGCUACUGUGGCUAGCAAAUGAGUGUAGGAGUGUUUUCUCACAACUAGAUCUCUGCUAACAAUUGCAACACUGUCUCCAAAACUGCAUGUCUCCUGUAAUGUCUACUUUCCAAGCGUAACUCAACUAAACUGCUUUGUGAAAUAAAAUAACAAAG